AUGAAUGGUGCUAGUAAUCGGGACACUCGGACACCGAAGUUGGCUCACCUACAAACCAGCCUUGAGAAUGGACUCAAACCGUUGGAAAGUAACAAUGGCAAGCCGCGUCCAGAGCUUGGUAAGCUCUUCAUCACAAUAACCGAGUAUCACAAACGUAUGGAGGAUGAACUAGACAUGAAACCUGGCGAUAAAAUCGAGGUGAUCACCGACGAUGAGGAGUACAACGACGGUUGGUACUACGGCCGUAAUCUGAGAACAGAAGAAGAAGGGCUGUAUCCAAAAGUAUUCACACAAGAAAUAUCGACUCCGUCGUUGGUGAGGGCGAAAUCAGCUCGCCGUGUAGCUAGUCCACUAGCGAACAGCAGCACAACAGAUCUAUCCACGAUGUCCAACGAAGGGACGACCAGUGAACUUCCCACGCCACAGCCGCUGGAAACAGCAGCUCCCGUCAAACUCAGUCUCGACCGUACGGCCUCGGUGAAAGUGACCAUGAACGACAUUGACAAAGCCCUUGAAGCAUUUCGCGGCGAGUCCCUGUCUUCAGGGACUUCGCAGCAUGCUGCGAAAAAUGAGGUGCGCACGACGGCAGACACAACAGCAAACUCUUUUGCUACAGAUACCGACACAGACAUAUCACGACAGCAAAUCCUUGAGCAAUCAAACUCGGUGCAUUCGCUAACCAACGACACGUCUUUCGGCUCCACGUCAAUUAACGGAUUCGACACUAAAGAUCUAACGCCUGUAAACGCUCAAAACUGGUCUCCAGAACAAGUCACAGCAUAUUUCAUAGGCUCGGGCUUUGACGUCGAGUCGUCAAGCAGGUUCCAACAACACAAAAUCUCCGGCCCCAUCUUACUGGAAUUGGAACUGGCCCAUCUGAAAGAGCUGGAUAUCAGCUCAUUCGGUAUACGUUUCGAAAUCUUCAAGGAGAUCGAGGCCAUAAAAGACGUCAUCAAUACUCGUGGCCCAGCCAGACUGCCAAGUCAACUGAUGCCCGCACCAGCGGUGAAUCAAAGAUCCUAUAUGAGUCACGCCCGCAAAACCUCUCGAUCCCUGGAUGAUUUACCAUCUAAAGUGCCCGCUGUGGUUUCUCCAGUAAGUCGAGGUCGCGUAAGCAGCAAACAUCGGCCAUAUUCUUUGGUGCUCGGCGGUCGUGAAUCCAACGCCGAAGCGCCGGAUAAUCUUAUCGCCGCUUUGAACGCUCAGGAAAACGGCAGCAGUGUCCCACCAGCGAAACUGCAGUUAGACGACACGAAUUUCCUUUCUCCUCGUAGAGCACCCAAGCCGCCCGCGUACCCUAGUCCAGUGCAGCCGGUAAGAUCGCCUGCGGCCCAAAAUUUCACACCCAGUCCUUCGAACGUUGACUUUCCACAUAGUCUUCGCAACGGUCCUCCAACCAUCUUUGAGCGAGCGCCUUAUAUGGAAAGUCGUUCGAACGAUAGCACCGAACUGCAAACUCCAAAAUUCCAAUUUCCUAAAACGACUCCUCCUCAGUUGAGCUCAGAAACCCCAGACACAAUCGAUGAUGAGGAAGGUGCUGGCAGAAAUGCUGCUAUUAUACGACCUUCGGACAAUUGCACUGGCAACAGAAGUUCUGUUAUCUAUUCAGGCCAGCAAGGCCACGGACCUACUAAGUCGGGUAGUUCAUUCGUGGAGCUGUUCAACAGAAUAUCAAUGAUGUCCCCAGGUACUGCCAGAGCUUCACAGGGUGAUGUAGAAGGGCUAAAUGUGGACCAAAACCAAUUUCAAAGACCCUCCUCAAGCAUUUAUGAGCAUUCAAGGGUCGCUUCGCCAAGCCACAUUAAGCAACCGUCGCAAACAGCCGCUGACAUCAAAAAGCAUAGACGAAAUUCCUCUAUCCUCUCUAUUUUCUCCAACAAAGGCGAUGACAAUGGCCGAAGCUCUCCCGGAAAGAAAAGUAGGUCAAGACGGGCUUCGAAUUCGCACAGCAGGAAAAACUCUGCAAUGGGCUUCAAUGCAGGUAGGCCUUACUCGCCUGAAAAGGGUUCACGGUCACCGACUAAGAGGCACUCUGUUAUUGUCUCCCCCGUUGCAGCGCCAACUCCGCCUGUUGAAGAUUCUGCUACCAAAGAAGAGAAACGCAGGUCUGUCAGCGCAAAAGAGCCUAAUGGCACACCAGGUGCAACGGACUCUGACCUCUUUUUCGAUGCCAAAGAGGAUCUUCAGAGCGAUCAAAAGAAUAAAAGAUCUGUCAGUGAAGCUGUAAAAUCAAAAUCGACUCGCGCGAAGACGGGGAAAGGUGGUUUGAGCAAAAUGAAGACAUCUGCUUUUGUUGAAGGAAUUCGUACGAUAAGUGUAAUGGAAGCAAUGACGGAGUCGGAGUGCUCGGGCUGGAUGAGUAAAAAGGGCUCAGGCGCCAUGGGAGUUUGGAGAAAUCGAUUCUUCACUCUUCAUGGAACCAGGCUCUCUUAUUUUGCCAGUACCACUGACACUAGAGAGAGAGGACUAAUUGAUAUCACCGCUCACAGAGUUUUGCCAGCUAAAGAGGACGACAAACUUGUUGCUCUAUAUGCUGCAAGCACAGGAAAGGGCCGCUACUGUUUCAAGCUUUUGCCACCCCAGCCUGGCUCCAAAAAAGGCUUGACCUUUACACAACCGCGUGUGCAUUACUUUGCAGUCGAUACAAAAGAAGAGAUGAGGGCAUGGAUGGCUGCACUAAUAAAAGCUACAAUUGAUAUCGAUACAAGCGUUCCGAUCAUCAGCUCUUGUGCGACCCCAACAGUGUCUUUGAACAAAGCUCAAGAAAUGUUAUCUCAAGCUCGUGAAGAGACCCGGCAGCGCGAGGAGCAGCGUUUUUUGAACGAAGAAGAUGAGGAUCAAAUGCUUUGGGAACAACAACAGCGUGCCGAGUUAAACGUUCAAGAGGGCACGAAAGGCAGCUCGACUCCCAAUUCCUCGGUCCAGUUGAACUCUACAAAUGGUUCAGGUUUUCACAGUCCCUUCCUAUUAGCAUCUGGAGUUUUGUCUCCAGGAACUCCCCAAAAUAACGGUCGUUUUCAGGAGCAACCCAAUAACGAUUACUUCCUGCUUGGCUCAAAUUAUGCAAGCAACAAAAUAUAA